GCGGGGCUCGGAAGGGCCCUGAGGGGAGCGGCCGGGAUGGGUCUGGAGUGUCCCCAGAGAGGGGGAACCUGUGCCCGUCCUUCCCUGGGCAGCCCGCUCCAGUGCCCUGCCACGCUCAGUGCAGAGAAGUUGUUCCUCAUGCUGAGGUGGAACUUCGUGUUUUAGUUUAUGGCCACCGCUCCUUGUCCUGCCGCUGGGCGCCACUGUAAAGAGCCUGGCACCAUCCUCUUGGCACCUGCCUGUGGGAUAUUUGUAUGUACUGACGAGAUCCCCGCUCAGUCCUCUCCUCUCCAGAGUAAGCAAGUCCAGCCCCCUCAGCCUCUCCUCAGUCCCGUCAUCACCUCAUCGCCCUCCGCUGGAGCCUCUCCAGGAGCUCCUUGUCUUUCCUGCCCUGAGGAGCCCACAGCUGGGCAUUGCACUGCGGAAAGAGCUGAGUAAAAAGGCGGCAUCUGCUCCCUCCGCCUCCUGCCGCUGCUCCUCCCGAUUCACCCGGGAAAUACAUCCAGGGCGCUGGACGGGGAUGUGCGCGCGGCCUGCGCAUGCGCGGGGUGUCAGGGCCGAACGGAGCCGAACCGAGCCGGGCCGGGCUGAGCCGAUGCUGCAGUGCCUCCGUCCCCGCGGAUGCACAACCCCGUUUCCCACGCCAGGACACCUCAAUCCAGGAUCUUGAGAAAGAAAAAAAGAAACAAGAAUCGUUCUUUUGGCUUCAGACUUUGAGCAUCAGAGGGGAGCGCUCAGGGAAUCAGCCUGUCCUUCUGGCCAAGCUGCCUGGGCCCACAUCACUUCUCCAGCCUCAGCAAAGACACUGGAUUUGCCAAGCCUCAACUUGUCACUGCCACCUGAGCCCUGCAAGAGCUCAGAGGAGAUCCUCAGGGUCCCUGGUUCUGCCUGGAUCGGUGCUGAGGAGGAGCAGCAUCACGGAGCAGCAGGUGAGCCUGGCAGGGCUGCCUGCAGCUUGGGACAGCACUCAUGGUCCCCAGGAGCAGCCUCCAGCCUGCAGCUGGCACCUCCUACAGCUACAAACUGCAGUGCCUCUGGUAAGGGCUCUGCUCCCUGUGAGGGCCCUCUGUGGGUGCCUCUGGGGUGCCUCAUGCCCUGCUGGCUGUGUCUGCAGGAGCCAGGUGAGGCACAUCGCCAGGGAGAGGGACAAGGCAAGGCUCAGUUUGGAGAGGGCAGAGAGACACUGCCUGCAGCUGGGCAGGGAGCUGGAUCAGCAGUACAUCACUCUUGAGCACACCCAGAGCAAGCUCAGGAAUUUUCAAGCAGAAAUAGAGGCAAAAGAGCUGCUUUUGCAGCAAGCAGUGAGUCACCAGGCAAAGCUGGAGGCUGCUACACAGCUCCUGCAGGGCAAAGAGGCCAACCUGCAAGGGAGACUGAACCAUGUGAUGAAUGAGAACACACAGCUACAAAGCAAGGUCACAGAGAUGGCUGAGAAACUGUCAGCCUCUGAGGAAAUGGUGUUGGAGCUGCAAAAAGAACUCAACCACAUUGUGAAGGAUAAGCUGGAGCAGGCGGAGCCCCAGAGCCCCGAGUUCCUGAAGCAGAGCGAGCGCUUUGCCGAGAUUGUCCUGGAGUACGAGCGGCAGUGCCAGGUGCUGCACGAGCAGAACGCAGCGCUGCGCAGGGAGCUGCAGGGGCUGCGCCUCCAGCUGCAGGAGAGCAGGGCUCAGGCAGGGCUGCCAGCAGCAGAAAUGUCACUCCCAGUGGAGCAGCUCCAAGAGCAGCUGCAGGACCUGAAGGUGCAGCUGGAAACCAAGAGUGAUGAGGGCAAGGAGAAGCUCUCUCACCAGGAUGUCAAGAGGCCUCAGCUGGGCUGUGAGCCCCCUGAACACAAGGCUGGUGACAGUGCUGGCCCUGGCACUGCCCAGCUGCACAGCCAGAGCCCUCUGGAGGCCGAGUGGCUACGAGGGGCAGAGAUUGCUGCCAGGCUGGAGCACCACCAGAGGCAUGCAGCGUGCUGGAUGGAGAUGGAGCUGCUCCAACAGCAGCUCCAGGCCUCACAGGAAAAGCUUUUGGAAGCCAAAGCCAACCUGAGACUGGCCCAGGCUCAGCACACUCUGCAGUUGCAGCAGGCCAAGGCCCAGAUAAACAACAUGGUGCCAAAGAAACAGUUUGAGCAGCUGCAAAACACCCUGAGAGAGGAACAGUGCAAGACUCAGCAGCUCCAGGAAAGCCUCCAGCUGCAGGCUGAGCAGACAUGCAGGCAGCUGGUCAGGAUCCAGGAGGAACACGAGCAGCUGCUGCAGGCAGCUGUGGAGCAGGCAGAGGGGCUGGAGCAGAGUCUGAGGAGUGCUGAAGCUGUGCUGGCAGAGAGGGCAGCUCAGCUCAGAGAUGCCCAGGCCCAACUCUCCAGGAACAAACUGUUGAUUGAAGAGCUCCGUGGAGAGAACAGGAGGUUUGCAAUGGCCCUGCAGGCUGCUGAGCUGAAGCAGAAGAGCAUGGAGGAGAAGAACCAGCUGUUGGAGGAACAAGCCUCAGCUCUGAAGCAGCUUAUUGGAAAAAUCACACCAGCAUCUCUGAGUGGGUGAUGGAACAUCUGCAGUGGCAGCCCCUGCUCCUGGCUGGGGCUGGUCAGGUGCAGAAUGGGAGAUAUGGCUGCGUUGGGAAAUCAGCCUUGUCCUCUCUGGUCUUGCCAGGAUUUUCCUGUGCAGAAAAUAGCAGAUGGGGAGCCUAGAGUCCUUUGAGGAAAUUGGUCUUGUGGAUAGCUGAAUUUUCCAGCUGAAAGCAGCAGCCUUGGUGCCUUUCCCAGUGGCAGUGUGCUGUUAUGUCAUGUCUGUCUCAGGGCAGCCAGCUCACAGGAUUUUCUUUGGCAGUUUAGUGGUGGUGCAGGUGCUCCCUCUCUGCAGAAGGCUGAUGUUGGAGCCACAGUUACAUCUCAAAAGCCAGGGCAGAAAGGCUUGCAGGACCCUGUGCUUGGUCACUCCAAGCAGGAAAGCUGAG